UUCAAAUAUUAGUUCACAAUGUCUCUUCAAAAUUCAAUACACAUCCUGAUAUUUUUCCUCUACUGUGCAUAUAUUUCGAACAAUUCAGCAUAUGUCAUAGAAAGUGAUAGUGAUCCAAUAUUAUCUAACGACAGUCGCUUAGUAGAAGUUCUCAGAGUUCCAAGAUCCUCUUUCGAGAAAAAAGGCGGAAAAGAACAUCAUACCAACUAUUACGAAGAAGAAGGAGAAAAGGGCGAUAAGGGCCAUAAAAACAAGCAUCAUCAUGAUGCAGUUAAACACGCCAAACACGGUGAAGAUCUAGAAGCAAAUCAACAUGAUGAGAAAGGCGGUCAUGAUAAAGGGUACUACGAUGAAGCUGAACAUCAUAAGAAACAUCACGAAGGUAAAAAUUCACAUAAAGCUGGUAAAUUCGCCGAAAAGAAAGGACAUAAAAAGGGACAUAAAACCAAAGGAUACCAUCACAAAUUCAUGAAAGACGAAUACCACCGAGAACACAAAUUCUAUGACGAUUUCCAUAAAAGUGGUCAUCAUGAUAAACACGGUAGUCAACACUCUGAUUACGAAAAGGAAGCAGGUGGCCAUAAAAAACAUGGUAAACAUCAUUCAGGUCAUCAUACUGACGAACAUGGUGAAGAAGGCCUGAAACAUAAAGGUAAAAAUAUUGAUGAUCAUAAAAAUUACAAGAAGAGCCAAGGCCAUAAGUCACAUCACUCAAAACAUAGCAACUACGGUAAAGAAAAAGCCAAUAAAGGAGGUAAAAAGUAUAAAUAUCAUAAUUGAA